GCACAACAAAAGAUGGGUAAUGAGUUAAACGAUAUCAAAAAAAGGAUUGAAGGGCUAGCAUUAAACUAUGCGUCUCUGACAACUAAAAUGAAUAAUUCGGAAGGAAAUAACAAUAAUCCGCGAAGGAAUUUUUUUAAAGAGCAAAGAAAAAGACCCGUAUGUUUUAAUUGCAAUAAGAUCGGACAUUUCGAAAAGGAUUGUCGUUUUAAAAAAACAUAUAUGAGCAAGAAACCACGUUUCAGUACAAAAGAAGGAGAUAAGCCCAGAAAUAUAAAUUAUUGUGAAUUUAUUCACAAUCAAGAAGAUAAGAAAAAAGAGGUAUAUAACGUUGGCGAUGAAAUUUCACCUCAAGAAACUUCUAAACGUCCCAUGCCAACUAAAUGGAAUGAAAGAUUAAGAAAUAAAAACGUAACAAAGAUUCAGUCCCCUAAACAAAGACAAGAUACGGAAAUCGAUAAUAAUCCCACUAUUGAAACUUCCAAUAUAAACAAUAAGUCCAAGCGAAAGCGUGGCCCAUCAAUCGUAGAUUCCCUAACCCCAUAUGAUGUCGCAGAAGACCUCCUAUCUCUCCCAACUAGCGCUACUCUAGGCCAAUUGCUUCAGUAUCCAAACCAAAGAAAGAACUUGGCAAAAUUAUUGAAGCGACCAAGAUCAUCCGAAGAUGAUUAUGGUAGUGAAGGUGGUGAUACUUUCGACGAAUUUGAUUACGAAGAAUCGGACGAAAUCGAAGGACAAUUUUUGGAAUAUGAGGAAAAUCCGGCACUAUACCUCACUAAUAUUGAAUCAGUACCCAUAGGGGACGAUAAGGAGGAAAAAUCUAUAGAGGAGAAAAUUCAAGAAUCUAUUAAAAACGAUGAAUUAACCCCCCAACAACAGUGUACCGUUCAAAUGUUUUUAUGGAGUAAUAAAGAUAUGUUUGCUCAGGGUCUGGAAGAUCUAGGGCAGACUAACCUUAUUACCCAUACCAUAAAUACAGCAAACGCCCUCCCGAUAUGCCAAGGCCCUUAUAAAACAUCUCAUGAACAAAACAAGUUCGUGAGAGAAGAAAUCGCCAAGGCCACCGCAGUCAGAAGGAUUGAGCGAGCACAAGAAACUGCCAAGGAAAGACAUGAUCGUCAGAUUAAACCCGUGGAUGAUCUAAAAAAGGGAGAUUUCGU